CCUCCCCCUCCUCCUCAUACGCGCGCGGUCGUGCUGCUCGCUCGCGCACAACGCCUCGGCUGAGCAGGCGCGCAGGACGUGAUGAUGCCGUCCCAUUUCUAGCGGAGCGGAGUCUUCAGGACUAAUGGGAAGAACUCAGAACUUGUUUUCGUACCAGACUGAUGUUUAAAUGACUUCGUCGUGAUAUUUAGGCGUAGUUUGACUCCGGAGAGUUGGGAACACCAAGCAGCACCUAAACACUCGGAGUUUUCCUUUUGACAGCUGCACUGCUUCCAGACCGACAAACAUCAGUGACCAGGAGGUGAUCUGUCACCAUCCAUUCCACCCAGAUGACUGACCAGCCCUGCAGGCGUGCAUCCUGACUGUCUCCGCUCCCAUUUUUGUCUGAAUGUCCACCAUGACUUGGAGAGGACUUGACCAGUGGAUCUCCUGCUGACACCUCCGAUCUCCAGAUACACACUGCGACUGCCCCUUUCCUGACAGCUUUGGUGUACCCGUACUUUGUGGAGCCCCCCCUUCCGUGUUUAAGCUGUAACCAUGGCUAGCCUGGUGCUCAAUGAGACUGGAAUGGAGGACUGCGGUAUUGAUGACUCCUUCAAGUACAACUUGUACUCCGUGGUUUACAGUGUGGUCUUUGUCUUAGGCCUCAUUACCAACUGUGCUGCACUCUUUGUAUUCUGCUUCCGGAUGAAGAUGCGCAACGAAACCACAAUGUUUAUGACUAAUUUAGCGCUAUCCGAUUUAGUAUUUGUUUUUACACUGCCAUUCAAGGUGUUCUACAAUGUUAACCGCCAUUGGCCAUUUGGAGAUGGACUGUGUAAGGUAUCGGGAACAGCCUUCAUCACCAACAUCUAUGGGAGCAUGCUCUUCCUCACCUGCAUCAGCGUCGACCGCUUCCUGGCGAUAGUCUACCCUUUCCGCUCCCGCUCCAUCCGCACACGCAGGAAUGCAGCGCUGGUUUGUGCCACGGUGUGGCUGACCAUUGUUGGCGGAGGAAUAUCAGUGACUUUCUUCUCUACCAUUAACAGCACAAACAGAGCCACCACAUGCUUUGAGGGCUUCUCCAAGAGCACCUGGAGGACCUACCUGUCGAAAAUCACCAUCUUCAUUGAGAUUGUGGGCUUCCUUCUCCCCCUCCUGGCCAACUUGGUAUGUUCUUCGCUUGUACUGCGGACACUGCGGCGUCCGGUGACUGUUGGUCAUGGAUGUGACAGCAAGAGACGUGUCCUACGGAUGAUUUUGGUUCAUCUGGGCAUCUUCAUCAUCUGCUUUGUCCCUUACAACUCUAUCCUCUUCCUGUAUGCCCUAGUACGGACCCAGGCCCUGGCUAACUGCGCUGUGGAACGCUUUGCCCGAACUCUUUACCCCAUCACUCUGUGCCUGGCCAGCCUCAACUGCUGCUUGGACCCUGUGGUCUACUACUUCACUUCAGAGAGCUUCCAGAAGAGCUUGACCAUGGGAGGCAAAGGCUCCGGCUCCCGGCCCGAGAGUAUCCCCCGCAGUGACACUGAGACCCAAGACACUGCAAACACUCUCCCCAGGGACACACACACUCUGGCCAGCAAUGGAAAAGACUCAAAGAUGUCUGAAAGUCAGUUCUGACACAGCAAGAACUAAAGGAAGGUAAAGGACAGGAUGAGCUGACCAGGAGCCCUGAAUUUUGAAAAAUAAAGCAAUCAGCUGUUUGGUCCUGAAGUGACAAACACAUAACUCAGCAGAUUAGUUAAGUCCUGAGGUAAGUCCUGAGGUAUGGCCUGGUCUUUAUGGAUUAAUCUACCACUGGAGAGCAGAGGAAUGUAUCUGUGUGUGUUUAUUGUGAGACACUACAGGGACCAGAGACCCAGCCACACCAAGACUAAUGCCCAGAGACACCCAAAACCUCUAAAAGAGACUCCGAACACAUCACCACUCAGGCUUAACACACAGAAACUCGUAAAUGCACUGGAUUGUGGAUAAGAUGGAGAUUUCUGUCAACAUUUUGAAACAUGCUGUUGAGUACUUUUGCAACACACUGAGCCCUUAAUUUUUACUGUUAUAAAGCUUUGCCAGUACAUCAUAUCAUUGUAGACAUUAAUUUUGUGACACUUUUUAGUGUGGUGAGACCCACUGUUAUUUUGACACAGCAGCGCACUGACCUGAUGAGUUAAAUGUGUCUCAUGUUGAAGUUUGAGACCAUUAAAUGUCUGUUUUCAGUUGCAUUUCAUGGCUGCAUUUAUUGUUUCUGUCCUUCACCUCAUGUCUGCUAGUUCAGUCAAACAUAUUCAAACUGGACUUUGUCAGCACGACUGCAGGUUUGAACUAAUGGGGAAGUUUUCUGCGAAUAGCCGGUGUGAUCUUGUUUGGAUCCAGUUGAGGACCUAGGGCUGUGUGCCGUGUCACAGGCCAAAUGCUUAUUAUGACUGGAGCAAUGGUCCAUUGUUUGCUUCUGAAUGAGUUCUCUCUGUCUUAAUCUGGCCUUAGACUGCAGAUCUGCUCAAAGUCUCUUGCACACAGCAAUGUGGACACACACACACAAACUACGAGCAAACACUUUUGACUAAAUACCCCAGACCAUCGUGUUAAACUGUACAAAAUGCAAAACAGCAACAUUAGUCAGCAGAUCGAGGAGUUUACUGAGUUU